ACACGGCACAGGAGCCCAUCAGAGUGCUGGGCUUGCAACUUGGCUUUACGCUAUGUGCACUGCUGAGCACUCCUGCAUACAAUACUACUACAUACAGCUUAUACUCUAUCUCUCCUUUUUCAUCUCUCCUCCGCACUCGCCUGCUGAGAGAAGAGUGAGAACAAAGUGUAUUGGAGAACCUUGGAAAGAGAGGGAGAAUGAAAGAGAGAGGGAAUGAGAGAGGGGUAGAGUGAAAAAGAGAGAGACUGAAAAAGAGAGGGAGAAAAGAGAGGUUGAGGGAAAGAGAGAGCAGGACAGAGAGAGCGGGAGAGAUAGAGACAGAGAGAGAAUGUGUUUGAAGGGCUGUAUGUCUGAGUAUGUUCUUUGCUCGCAAGGGAGUUUCAUCGCUUUUACCAUCAGAUGUUGGGAUUAAUUUGGUCAAACCCCACCAGCCUGGGAGCCUGACGAGAGACAGUUAAGGUAAUGAGGACUAGUUAAGUGAGAAGCCAAACAUCCUGGAGACCAAUCUACCCAUGUCACCACAACAUCCUCCUGUCCCUUUCUUCAUUGGAUCUGCAACCCAGCUGCUAUUGUCUCACUGACAGUCUCUCAGUGGAAUUCAACAGAGAUACUCCACUGCCCAGAUUGCCAAUGAUUACAAGGAAUGGUCUGCUGUUGGUCUUUUGGUUUCUCUUGGACAAAGGUUUCCUGGCUCCCCUCCACGCUCCGUCCCAAAGCAGGAUGGGAAGAGAGCAACACCUGAGGGGUGUGGAAGGACUGGGAUUGAGGAGACAUGUGGCGUCAGGGGUUCAGAGGGUGAAGAGAGGAUGGGUGUGGAACCAGUUCUUUGUACUGGAGGAAUAUAUGGGAUCGGAACCACAAUAUGUUGGAAAGCUUCACACUGACCUGGAUAGGGGCGACAGCGACGUGAAGUACACUCUAUCAGGAGAAGGAGUCGGAACCAUCUUUACCAUAGACCAGACGACAGGUGACAUACAUGCCUUGAUGGGUUUGGACCGAGAGGUGAAAUCUUACUACACGUUACGAGCCCAGGCUGUGGACAUGAACACUGGCAGGCCUCUUGAGCCUGAGUCUGAAUUCAUCAUAAAAAUUCAAGACGUCAAUGACAAUGAACCCAAGUUCUUGGACGGCCCAUACACAGCCAGUGUCCCAGAGAUGUCACCAGGGGGUACUUUUGUAAUGCAGGUGACUGCCACAGAUGCUGACGACCCCUCCUAUGGGAAUAGUGCACGGAUCGUCUACAGUAUCCUACAUGGACAGCCUUACUUUUCAGUCGACUCCAAAACUGGGGUUAUUAGAACUGCGUUGCCUAACAUGGACCGUGAAGUGAAGGAGCUUUACCAGGUCCUUAUUCAGGCAAAGGAUAUGGGCGGUCAGCUGGGAGGACUAGCCGGAACCACCACCAUCAACAUUACCCUCAGCGACGUCAACGACAACCCACCCAGGUUUUCAAAAAGUAUAUUCCACCUCAGGGUCCCAGAGUCUUCGUUAGUGGGCUCAGCAGUGGGGAAGAUCAGAGCUCAUGACCUGGACUCUGAGAAGAAUGCAGAGGUGGAAUAUUCUAUCGUUCCUGGAGAUGAAGGACACAUGUUUAACAUCACCUCCAACGGGCACAGUCAAGAGGGAAUCAUAGUCCUCAGUGAGCAUCUCGACUACGAAACCAAAAGAUCAUACACCUUUAAAGUGGAGGCCUCCAACGCUCACCUGGAUUCCCGGUUCCUGCACCGGGGCCCCUUCAAAGACACUGCCACCGUGAAGGUCAACGUGCUGGAUGUGGAUGAACCCCCUGUGUUCACUAAGACCUCUUACACCAUAGAUGUGUAUGAGGACACUCCUGUGAGCACCAUCAUUGGAUCUGUUACAGCGCAGGACCUAGAUGCAAGUACCAGCGCAGUUAGAUACUCUAUUGAGUGGAAGAGGCCUGUGGACGGCUGCUUUGACAUUGAUACUGUGGAAGGGACCAUCUCCACCACCGAGAUGUUGGACAGAGAGAGUAAUAGGCAGCACAAUAUCUUUGUUGUGGCCACUAAAGUUAACAACCCUCUCCUAUCCAACAAGGUCACAGUCACAGUCAAUGUGCUGGAUGUCAACGAGUUCCCUCCAGAGCUCACCAUUCUCUUUGACACGUUUGUCUGUGAAAAUGCAAAAGUAGGCCAGGUAAUUCAGACCAUCAAUGCUACGGACAAGGAUCUUCCCACUGUUGGACAGAAGUUCUUCUUCAAGUCCCCCAGGGAAAUCAGAAACAGGAAUUUCACUGUGCGAGACUUUGGAAACAACACAGCGGGGAUAGUGACCAAGCGUGUGGGGUUCCAGAGGCGGGUCCAGGAGUACUACGUGGUGCCUGUGGUGGUGGAGGACAGUGGCUACCCAGCCCAGAGCAGCACCGGCACCCUCACUGUCCGCGUGUGUGCCUGUGAGACUGACGGUUCCCUCCUGUCCUGCACGGCAGAAGCAGUCUUUCUACCAGUGGGUCUCAGCACCGGGGCAGUGAUGGCCAUUUUACUGUGCAUGGUCAUACUCCUGGUGAUCGUGGUGCUCUACGUAGGCCUGAGACGGCAGAAGAAGAGGGAGACAUUGAUGUCGUCCAAGGAAGACAUCCGGGACAACGUGGUCCACUAUGACGUCGAGGGGGGAGGCGAGGAGGACACCCACGCCUUCGACAUGGGCACGCUGAGGAACACCAAGGCCAUAAAGGAGAACAUGCUCCGCCGGGGCACAGGGUCAUGGUCAGAUGUCACCACUCAAACUGAGAUCAAUGGGUCAACCCCUACCACAGAAGGCAGCACUAACAUCAUCAGGGACUAUAUUCACCAGCGUCUCCAGGAGAACCACCUGAGUUUCUCUGCUCCCCCGUAUGACUCGCUAGCUACAUACGCCUACGAGGGGGAUGGGUCAGUGGCAGAGUCGCUGAGCUCCAUCGAGUCGUGGACGGUGGACGGCCGUGAGGACCUCAGCGAGUGGGGGCCGUCCUUCAAAACUCUGGUGGGGAUAUUAGAGAAAGACAAAGCAGAUCCUCCCACUGCGGAAGUGGAGGAGAGUUGAGAGUACUUGAAAAGACUAUUUGAUUUGCAAAAGUUGUUUUACUUUUAUAGUACUUUUAUAGACAAUGGGAAUAAAACACAAGCCGUUCACUUAAGUUUUUAUCAUAGUUUUGUGGUGGUUGUUAUUGUUGUUUGUUUUUUGGUUUUAAAAUAAACUUGACAAGCUAUCAA